AUGGCGCUUUCUUCAUUCAACCCCCCGCUGUGGUUUACAGCUAUGCAGAUAUUUCGAGGCCUCAGGAAAGUGUACCCAUACUACUUCACGUUCACAACAUUCACCAAAGGAAGGUGGGUCGGCGAGAAAAUACUCGACGUGUUUGCCCGGGAAUUCAGGGCCCAUCCGGCAGCUGAGUACGAACGGUGCAUCCGAGCGGGGACCCUCACCGUCAACUACGAGAGAGUGGACCCAGACUACAGAUUGAAGCACAAUGACCUUCUAGCAAACGUUGUUCAUAGGUAA